AUGUCACUGAGCAUGCAGGGUUCCGGAAGAGAGUGCUGGGAAAACUCACCACGUAUGGAUAUCGACCUGCGCGCUUCCUUUUCACAAGGGCAACCCGUUCCAAGAUCUCUCGAGCGAGAAGCUGAACGCUCCGCGCAUAGACGCGAGCCCUCCCUCGACCAGGGCAUGAUUUAUCCCAACUCUCGAUCCAUCCUGCAAGACAGCGACUCGGAGUUUGGCGAGUUUGGCCGCAUUGACCCCACUGGCUGGUACACCCAUUAUAAGACCUGUCUGCAACAUUUUGUCGAAUCCAGCCAAUUCAAUCCGACUGUCCAGUCUAUCGCUGCCUUUAUUAAUAUCCGUCUACCUGUUCAACAUCCCGUCGACCCGACCAACUCACAACCUGUCACCUCAUUUAUCUCUCUUCGUCCUUACGUGCGCCGUUUAAUUAUUACUGCGCAAGACACGCCUGUCAACAUGCUUGCUUUCUUCGGCCCAGACUGGGAAGCAGGUGUUGGUUGUAUUUACAAACAAGAGCGCACUAAUUACCUUUUCACGGCGAAAAGUAGUGGUUGGGCGGAUACGAAGGCUUCCUAUGAUAUCCUGCCCGACGAACAGACUCCAUUUUUACGCCCUCUGCGUGACCCGUCUGAGGAUGAGAUCCGCGCCGCAGAGGCCCGGUGGAGUGAGUGGCUAGCAAUGGAGGAUUGGAUGGUGGGGGCACGCAGUCCGUGGUAA